ACAAAUACACACAGUGUAACACACACACACACACGCAUACACACACACACACACGCACACACACACACACACACACGCACACGCACACACACACGCACACACACACGCACGCACACACACACCUACAGUGACACAUACGGAUACACAAAGAGUCGUAGAGUCAACAUGAAGACCACGUUUCUGUGACUUCGCGUUUCGAGCCGCUUCAGUCCUGACAGCUGAGAGUCCUGAGACUAGACCCGGCGCAGGUCCUGAGACUAGACCCGCUACAGGUCCUGAGACUAGACCCGCUCCAGGUCCUGUGACUGGACCCGGCGCAGGUCCUGAGACACAACCCGCUGCAGGUCCUGACACUAAACCUGUUGCAGGUCCUGAGACUAGACCCUCUCUAGACCCGCUCUAGAACCGCUGCGCUGUAGGUCCCUGAGGAAGACUAGGAGACCAGGAGACCCGAGGGUUGAGGACCAGGAGGCAAGGAGACCAGGGCGCCAGUGGGUUGUGGACCCUGAACUUUGCAAGACGGGGCACAAAGAUGAGCGGCUCGGAGGGAGAGUCCUGAGGGAGAGGAGCACCCCACCGUGAGGAGGAUACACUAACGUCUCGGUCUAACAUGUCAGACUCCGCGUCCAGCUUUCUCCACAUCGGAGACAUUGUGUCUCUGUACGCAGAGGGGACCGUCAAUGGCUUCAUCAGCACCCUGGGGUUGGUGGACGACCGUUGUGUUGUUGAACCGGCUGCUGGAGACCUUGAGAAUCCACCCAAGAAGUUCAGAGACUGUCUGUUCAAGGUGUGCCCCAUGAGUCGGUACUCCGCCCAGAAACAGUUCUGGAAGGCCAAGCAGGCCAAACACGACAAGGACAAGAUAGGAGACCUGGUGCUCCUGCAGAAACUACAGCAUGCCUCAAAUCUGGAGCAGAAACAGAAUGAGACGGAAAACAAGAAAGUCCACGGAGACGUCGUCAAGUACGGGAAUGUCCUACAGCUGCUCCACAUGAAGUCCAAUAAGUACUUGACGGUGAACAAGCGUCUGCCGGCGCUGCUGGAGAAGAACGCCAUGCGGGUCACGCUGGACGGCACCGGCAACGAGGGCUCCUGGCUCUUCAUUCAGCCCUUCUGGAAGCUCCGCGCCAACGGGGACAACGUGGUGGUCGGGGACAAGGUGAUGCUGAACCCGGUCAACGCUGGCCAGCCGCUGCACGCCUCAAACUACGAUCUCUCAGAUCACCCGGGCUGCAAGGAGGUGAACUCAGUGAACUGCGACACCAGUUGGAAGAUCAACUUGUUCAUGAUGUUCAGCGACCAUCGGGAGGAAGUUCUCAAAGGAGGCGACGUGGUGCGUCUGUUCCACGCAGAGCAGGAGAAGUUCCUGACGUGUGACGAGUACCGGGGGAAGAACCAGGUGUUCCUCCGCACCACGCUUCGGCAGUCGGCCACCUCCGCCACCAGCUCCAACGCCCUGUGGGAGGUGGAGGUUGUCCAUCAUGACCCAUGCCGCGGGGGGGCGGGACACUGGAACAGCCUGUACCGCUUCAAACACCUGGCCACUGGAAACUACCUGGCGGCAGAGGAAAACCCCGGAUACAAAGGAGACGCCCCCGACCUGCCCUUCACCGGGAGCCAGGUCAGCGGCAGCCGUGGCAACAAGCGCAGCCAGGGCGAGAGGAUCAAGUACAAGCUGGUGGCGGUCCCCCACGGCAACGACAUCGCCUCGCUGUUUGAGCUGGACCCCACCACCCUGCAGAAGACAGACUCCUUCGUUCCAAGGAACUCCUAUGUGCGUCUGAGACACCUGUGCACCAACACGUGGAUCCAGGGCACCAACGUCCCCAUCGACAUCGAGGAGGACCGCCCCAUCCGCCUCAUGCUGGGGACGUGUCCAACCAAGGAGGACAAGGAGGCCUUCGCCAUCGUCUCGGUGCCCGUCAUGGAGAUCCGGGACCUGGACUUCGCCAACGACGCCAGCGCCAUGCUGAGCACCGUGGUGGAGCAAUUCGCCCAGGGCUUCAUCAGCCAGAACGACCGCCGGUUUGCCAUCAAGCUGCUGGAGGACGUGGUGUUCUUCGUGGCCGACGUCCUGAACUCCGGACAGCUGGUUCUCCACGUGCUCAUGAGCAAACCCAACAGGGAGCGGCAGAAGCUCAUGAGGGAGCAGAACAUCCUGAAACAGAUCUUUGGUAUCCUGAAAGCUCCUUUCAAGGACAAAGGGGAGGGCCCUCUGCUGCAGUUGGAGGAGCUGGCGGACCAGAAGAACGCACCGUACCAGUACAUGCUCCGCCUCUGCUACCGUGUUCUACGCCACUCGCAGGAGGACUACCGCAAGAACCAGGAACACAUAGCCAAGCAGUUUGGCGUGAUGCAGAGCCAGAUCGGCUACGACAUCCUGGCCGAGGACACCAUCACCGCUCUGCUCCACAACAACCGCAAGCUGCUGGAGAAGCACAUCACCAAGACGGAGGUGGAGACCUUCGUGAGCCUCGUGCGGCGCAACCGGGAGCCGCGGUUCCUGGACUACCUGUCGGACCUGUGUGUGUCGAACAACGUGGCCAUCCCCGUCACCCAGGAACUCAUCUGUAAAUGUGUCCUGGAACCCAAGAACAAUGACAUCCUCAUCAAGACCGAGAGGCGUGUCCCAAAGGAGCCGGCGACGGCCGCCGUCCAGGCGGAGUACCUGGGGAUCGACGACUUCGUGGAGGACGAUGAGGUGUGGCUAGUGUGGACAGACAAGACCAAUGAGAAACAAGAGAAAAGCAUCAGACAGCUGGCACAGGAGGCCCGCCAGGGCAACGCCCACGACGAGAAUGUCCUCACAUACUACAGGUACCAGCUGAAGCUGUUUGCCCGGAUGUGUCUGGACCGGCAGUACCUGGCCAUCGAUGAGAUCUCCAAGCAGCUGGACAUCGAGCUCAUCUUCCUGUGCAUGAUGGACGAGACGCUGCCCUUUGACCUCCGCGCCUCCUUCUGCCGCCUCAUGCUCCACGCCCACGUGGACCGGGACCCCCAGGAGCUGGUGACCCCCGUCAAGUUCGCCCGGCUCUGGACCGAGAUCCCCACCACCAUCUCCAUCAAAGACUACGACUCCAACAUGGACGACAGCAGGGAAGGCAAGAAGAACCGGUUCUCCAACACCAUGGUGUUCAUGGAGGAGUACCUGAACCACGUUCUGCACGAAGAGCUGCCCUUCCACAACCAGGAGAAGAACAAGCUCACCUACGAGGUGGUGAGUCUGGCGAGGCACCUCAUCUACUUUGGUUUCUACAGUUUCUUUGAGCUGCUGCGUCUGACCCGCACGCUGCUGGGCAUCAUCGACUGCUGGCCCAACCACGCCUCCACCUCGCUGCAGCAGGAGGAGGCCGCAGGGAAGAACGUGAAGAGGUCUAUCCAUGGGAUGGGUCAGAUAAUGUCCACCAUGGUGCUGAACAGGAAGCCGUCCAUGUUUGGCGGGGCAGGAAGCCGGGGGGCGGGGCCAGCUGCUGACGGGGGGCGGGCCAGUAAGGACAGCAUCGACAACAUGGACCAGACGGUCAUGGACACCAAGCUGAAGAUCCUGGAGAUCCUGCAGUUCAUCCUCAAUGUGCGUCUGGACUACCGGAUCUCAUUCCUCCUCUCCGCCUUCAAGAAGGAGUUUGUGGAGGUGGCAAACGCCAUGGGGGACGCAGACGCCACCAGUACUAACUUGGAGCAAGCAGCCGCCAUUAAUCUCCAGCUGAUUGGGGAACAGGCCGAGGCCAUGUUUGGAGUCGGUAAGGGUAACUCCAUCCUGGAGGUGGAUGACGAGGGCGGGCGGAUGUUCCUCCGGGUGCUGGUCCACCUCACCAUGCACCGCUUCCCCCCCCUGGUGUCGGGGGCGCUGCAGCUGCUCUUCAAACACUUCAGCCAGCGGCAGGAGGUCCUGCACACCUUCAAACAGGUCCAGCUGCUCAUCACCUCCCAGGACGUGGAGAACUACAAGCUGAUCAAGGCGGACCUGGACCGGCUCCGGACACUGGUGGAGAAGUCUGAGCUGUGGGUGGAGAAGAAGGACAAGAAGAGUGGAGGAGAGGGCAAGGACAAGAAGGACAAGAAAGACAAGAAGGAGAAGAAGGAGGACGACAAGGAGGACAAGGGCGAGAAGAAGGAGGAGAAGAAGGAGAAGGAGAAGGAGAAGGAGAAGGGAGAGGUGGUCCUGGAAGAGCCCAAGAAAGAGAAGCUGGAGAAGGUCGACGAGAAGGUCAAAGAGAAGGAGAAAGAGAAGGUCAACCAGAACCCAAACGAGAGCUACCAGAAAGUUGGAGAGGUCCUGGAGCGCCUCAACAGGAUGUGCAGUAGUGGCGUGUGGAAGAAGCAGCAGCGGCUGCUGAAGAACAUGGGAGCUCAUAAAGUCAUGCUGGACCUCCUGCAGGUGUCCUACGACAAGAACGACGCGAAGAUGCAGGUGAUAAUCCGCCACACACACGUCUUCCUGCAGAAGUUCUGCAUGGGGAACCAGGAGAACCAAGCCCUGCUGCACAAGAACCUCAACCUCUUCCUCAACCCUGGGCUGCUGGAGGCGGAGACUGUGCAGCACAUCUUCAAUAACAACUACCAGCUGUGCAGUGAGAUCUCCGAGGGGGUGCUGGGUCACUUCAUCCACUGCCUGGCCACCCACGGGCGACACGUACAGUACCUCAACUUCCUGCACACCAUCAUCAAGGCGGAGGGGAAGUACGUCAAGAAGUGCCAGGACAUGAUCAUGACCGAGCUCACCAACGCUGGAGAGGAGGUUGUGGUUUUCUACAACGACAAGACGUCCUUCGCCACCAUGUUGGAUCUGAUGGCCGAGAGCAGGGAGGGAGUCAGUGAGAACAGCCCCCUCAGGUACCACAUCUCUCUGGUGGAGCUGCUGGCUGCGUGUGCGGAGGGGAAGAAUGUUUACACGGAGAUCAAGUGCACCUCUCUGCUGCCCCUAGAGGACGUGGUCCGAGUGGUCACCCACGACGACUGCAUUACAGAGGUGAAGGUAGCCUACGUGAACUUUGUGAACCACUGCUACGUGGACACUGAGGUUGAGAUGAAGGAGAUCUACACCUCCAACCACAUCUGGCAGCUCUUCGAGGACUUCACCGUGGACAUGGCCAGGGUGUGCCUGAAGCGCGAGAAGCGUCUGACCGACCCGAUCUUGGAGAAGUACCUCAUCCACGUGGUGUUCGACACCAUCACCGCCUUCUUCAGCUCCCCCUUCUCCGAGAACAGCACCUCCCUACAGACCCACCACACCAUCGUGACCCAACUCAUGCAGUCCAGUGUUCGUCUGCUGGACUGUCCCUGGCUGCAGCAGCAGCACAGGGGCAUCGUGGAGUCCUGCAUCAGGACCCUGGCCCUCACUGCUAAGGGCCGCAGCAUCUGCCUGCCGCUGGACCUGGAGGGCCAGAUCAGCAUUAUGCUCUCCAGCUCCACCCUGAACUCCCUCUCCCGCUCCAACCCCAACUACAAGUCCUCCACCCGCGGCAUACGACCUACAACUCCCAGCAACCCCUGGGACUACAAGAACAUCAUCGAGAAGCUACAGGACAUCAUCGUGACCCUGGAGGAGCGUCUGAAGCCGCUGGUGGAGGCGGAGCUCUCGGUGCUGGUGGACGUCCUCCACCAACCAGAGCUGCUCUUCCUGGAGGGCACCGAGGUGCGGCAGCGCUGUGAGGCCGGCGGCUUCAUCUCCAAGUUGAUCCAACACACCAUGGCCCUCAUGUCGUCGGAGGAGAAGUUGUGCAUCAAGGUCCUGCGGACGCUGCAGGAGAUGCUCAUCAGGACGCUGGAGUUUGACGAGAAGGGCACGGCGCUGCGGAUGGUGCUGGUGCAGAACUACCUGUACCCCAACAGGAAGAGUACCCCUAAGAGCGAGCUGGUCGACCUGGGGGUCUCAGUGGGGGAGCAGGAGAGGGACUGGCCGGCCAUAGCAGCGAUCCAGUGUCGUCUGGAUCGGGAGGGGGGCACGCGGCUCUUCAUCGACCUGGUGAUGAGCACCAAGAACGACAAGAUCUUCCAGGAGAGCAUCCAGCUGGCCAUCUGUCUGCUGGAGGGAGGCAACACUGAGAUACAGAACUCGUUCUACAAGCUGAUGAUGGGCGACAACAAGUCAGAGAAGUUCUUCAAGGUCCUCCACGACCGGAUGAAGGAGGCCCAGACGGACAUCAAGGCCACGGUGACCGUCAACGUGGGCGAGAUGAGCAUCAAGGCCAACGACAAGGAGAUGGAGGGUGGAGGCUCUGGAGGUAUGGGGAUUCCAGACCCAUCCUUAUUGGCCGGUUCGCCUACCAUGGCAGGCCCCGCCUCCAUGGCAGCCCAGCCAGUAGCGGAGCAGGAGGUGGAGGCGGAGAUGGGACCGGUGGUGACCAUCAUGAAACCCAUCCUCCGCUUCCUCCAGCUGCUCUGUGAGAACCACAACCACGACCUACAGAACUUCCUGCGCUGCCAGAACAACAAGACCAACUACAACCUGGUGUGCGAGACGCUGCAGUUCCUGGACAUCAUGUGCGGCAGCACCACCGGCGGCCUGGGGCUGCUGGGGCUCUACAUCAACGAGUCCAACGUCCACCUCAUCACCCAGAGCCUGGAGACCCUCACCGAGUACUGCCAGGGCCCCUGCCAGGAGAACCAGACGUGCAUCGUGACCAACGAGUGCAACGGCAUUGACAUCAUCACGGCGCUCAUCCUCAACGACAUCAGCCCGCUCUGCCGCUACCGUAUGGACAUGGUGCUGGAGCUAAAGGACAACGCCUCCAAGCUGCUGCUGGCGCUGAUGGAGAGUCGUCAUGACAGCGAGAACGCAGAGAGAAUCCUGUUCAACCUGCGGCCUCGUGAGCUGUUGGAUGUGAUAAAGAAGGCGUACCAACAGGAGAGUGAGUUUGAGGGGGGUGAGGUCUCGCCCCGCGAGGUGGGACACAACAUCUACAUCCUCGCACUACAGCUGGCCAGACACAACAAGGUGCUGCUGACUCUGCUGAAGUCUUUGAAGAAGAGCCAACAGGACGAUGAGAGCAUCUCCUCCAUGCUGAACCUGAACAACCGGCCCCUCUCCCAGAUGUUGAAGGCCAAGACGCCCACCGCUGUGGUGGAGCCGGACCCCCUGGAGCACUACGAGAAACACACCGCCCAGAUAGAGAUCGUGCGUGACGACCGCAGCAUGGAGCAGAUCGUGUUCCCCGUCCACCCCAUCUGUGAGUACCUGACGGAGGAGUCCAAGUUAAGGGUGUUCAACACCACCGAGCAGGACGAGCAGGGCUCCAAGAUCACGCACUUCUUCGAACAGGCGUCCUUCCUGCACGGCGAGAUGGAGUGGCAGAAGAAGCUCCGCAGCAUGCCGGUGCUGUUCUGGUUCUCCCGGAGGAUGACUCUGUGGGGCUCCAUCUCUUUCAACCUGGCUGUCUUCAUCAACCUCAUCAUCGCCUUCUUCUACCCCUACGACUCCGGACAAGCCGGGGCGAUCGAUGACUCCAUGCUGCUGAUGAUGUUCUGGGUUCUGACCGGCCUGUCGCUGCUCUUCCUCCUGAGCCAGCGAGGCGGGCUGCGGCAGAUCACCGUGGCACUCAUCCUACGAUCCAUCUACCACAUGGGCAUAGGAAACACUCUCAUAGUGCUAGGAACCAUCAAUCUGAUCAACAAGAUGGUGUUUGUGGUGAGCUUCGUGGGCAACAACGGGACGUUCAUCAUGGGCUACAAGGCCAUGGUGAUGGAUGUGGAGUUCAUCUACCACCUGGCCUACGUGCUGACCUCGACCCUGGGUCUCUGCGUCCACGAGCUCUUCUACAGUAUCCUGCUGUUUGACCUGAUCUACCGGGAGGAGACGCUGUUCAACGUGAUCAAGAGCGUGACGAAGAACGGGCGCUCCAUACUGCUGACGGCGCUGCUGGCCCUCAUCCUGGUCUACCUCUUCUCCAUCGUGGGCUUCCUCUGCCUCAAGAACGACUUCAUCAUGGAGGUGGACCCCCUGCUGCCCCUCCCAGGUCCGCCCCAGAGCGAGGCCACCCAGGACUUCCUGAACUCCUGCUCCUCAGACGGGGUGAGCUGCACCCCAGGGCCCGCCAGCACCGCCCUGCAGGAGGAGGAGGAGGUGGGCUCCGAGCGGGCCUGUGACACCCUGCUCAUGUGCAUCGUCACGGUGAUGAACCACGGCCUCCGGAACGGGGGCGGAGUCGGGGACGUCCUACGGAAACCCUCCAAAAAUGAGCCUCUGUUUCCUGCCAGGGUCCUGUAUGAUCUGCUCUUCUACUUCAUCGUCAUCAUCAUCGUUCUCAACCUCAUCUUCGGAGUCAUCAUCGACACCUUUGCUGACUUGAGGAGCGAGAAACAGAGGAAAGAGGAGAUCCUGAAGACCACCUGUUUCAUCUGUGGUCUGGAGAGAGACAAGUUUGACAACAAGACGGUCUCGUUUGAGGAGCACAUCAAGCUGGAGCACAACAUCUGGAACUACCUGUACUUCAUCGUGCUGAUCCGGGAGAAGAACCGCACGGACUACACCGGACCGGAGAGCUACGUGGGGCUCAUGAUCAAGAACAAGAAUCUGGAUUGGUUCCCGAGGAUGCAGGCGAUGUCGCUGGUGGUAACCGACGGCGAUGGGGAGCAGAACGAGAUGAGGAUGCUGCAGGACAAGCUGGGGUCUACCGCAAAGGUGGUGACCACCCUGACCUCGCAGCUCAACGAGCUGAAGGAGCAGAUGACGGAGCAGAGGAAGAGGAGGCAGAGGAUGGGUUUCGCUGACGUCCAGGCGGGAAACGCUGCUGCUGCCGUGGUGCCCCCUAGUGCAGCGGGGGGGAACAGCCUCUCGCACCAAAACUAGUCUCAGACUAACCACAUCAACUAGACAUGGACUAACCACAUCAACUAGACAUGGACUAACCACAUCAACUAGACAUGGACUAACCACAUCGACUAGACAUGGACUAACCACAUCAACUAGACAUGGACUAACCACAUCAACUAGACAUGGACUAACCACAUCAACUAGACUUGGACUAACCACAUCAACUAGACAUGGACUAACCACAUCAACUAGACAUGGACUAACCACAUCAACUAGACAUGGACUAACCACAUCAACUAGACAUGGACUAACCACAUAACCUAGACGUAGACUAACCACAUCAACUAGACAUGGACUAACCGUGUCGAAAGCUGAACCAUCAAUUCAACAUAGACUUACAAAGAUGGUUUGUUUGGUAAUGUUAGCACUAGCCGUGGUUUGUUAAUGUUAGUAUUAGCCGUGGUUUGUUUAUGUUAGCAUUAGCCUUGGUUUGUUAGGGAAUGUUAGCCUUAGCGUCGGGUUGCUGGGCUAGGUGAUGAUUUUGAUUCAAGAUAUGUUUGAAGACGUGUUUUAGGAGGUAUUUGUUUGUUUACUACCACUUACAGGUUUACAUUUCACGUUUAAAGUUUGUGUGUGUCUGUGUGCGUUGGGAUGUAUAGGGGGCCUACACAAUCAUGUAUCGGGAUCGUCACAAUGUAAAUAUUCACUGACAUGCCCGCGUACAUUCACAAAUCGAUACUUAGUCAAAUGAAAGUCUGAAAUCUGAAAGAUGUCUGAUAAUUUAAGUUUGAUUUGAUGUUCUAAAAGAGGAAAGUGUGUGCCAUGUGAAGGGGGGGACACUGUGCCUCCAUGUUUACUAUUACAGGGGUCUCCAUACAUGGUUAACUAUGUAUCACAGGAUUACAUCCUCGGGCCAAUCAGAAGCCUCGCAGGUUAUGAUGUCACGGCCAAGACUCCAGCCAUACAGAGAUUCAACUCUCCUCCGCUGUGUCGAGAGCGAACGGGUGUCAUCCCCGUGGUAACGUCACCAUGGUUACACAGACAACAGCUGAAUAACCAAAGAGUUACAGAACAUCAACCGUGUGUGUCGCGUGUGUGUGUGUGUGUGUGUCGCUCAAUAAACAGAGUUG